AAGAGACAGAAACGCAGGACGGAGGGUGUAUCUUGUUGCUGAGGAUUUAUUUGUUUUCGGUGAAGGUUGCAGGACUAUCUAAUCACCUAGGUUCUUUUAGGUGAUGCCCUUUUGUACAGCAUCCUUCUUUGAUACAACCUUGGUCAAAUGAUUGCAUCACAACAGCAGGGGGAUUCAUCCCCAAUCAGCCCACAGGAGAUUUGUCUUCAGAUCAAGUCAUUCUUGAGUGGUUUAGACCCCCAGCAUGGGCAUAAGCUAACCCAUCGUGAACAUGCCCGCUGCUCACUAUUGCUUUUACGUUGUCUUCCUGCUGCCCGGCAUGCUGUAUUGGAGCACCUGCGUUCUGUCUUCCAUGAUAGUGUCUGUGCUUUUCUGAGUGAAAGAGACUCUAUAGACAGCCUUUCAGCAACACCUUCAUCAUCUCAGCGUAGAGCCCUCCCUGCUUCGACACCAGGACUUAAUGAGGUGACACAAGAAGUGCAAAAGGUUCUGGAGGAGUUCAUUAGAUUCAACCCUCACACAUGGGCUCCCCUUAUCUCUGCUUGGUCUAUAGAACUCAUGGGACAGUUGAGCAGUAAACAUGCGGGCAGACAGGGUAUGCCACACUCUGCCAGCCUCAAUGAAUUACUGCAGCUAUGGAUGUCAUGUGGGGCCACACGUGUGCUUAUGGACAUAUAUACUCAUUGCUUAUCCACUAUGAUUGGCAGCUGCCCUGAUGCUUGUGUAGAUGCCUUGUUGGACACAUCAGUACAGCAUUCUCCACACUUUGACUGGGUGGUGGCUCAUAUUGGUAAUUCAUUUCCAAGCACCAUAAUUAGCCGUGUCCUUUCUUGUGGCCUAAAAGAUUUCUGUGCCCACAGUUCGCAUUCUGAAGCCCCUGAGAAACGUGUACCCAAGCUGGGUUCUGUUGUAGGUAUUUUACGACACCUGAGCUCACGUCACGGGUCAAGUAUCAGACAGGAAAUACUGAGAAUGUUCCAUGACAGCCUCAGGCCUGGCAGUAAACAACAUCGGACCACAUUACCUUAUCUCUUACAGCUUGGAGCACUUUCACCAUCUCUCUUAGGAAAUGUAUGUGAAGAACUAGUAGAUUCUCUAAAGCCAGUAACAUUGGUCCAGUUGCAGCAGCACUGCUCUACCCUUCCUCGCGAAGAGCUAGACAACAUGCUUAACUUGACUGUUCAUCUGGCAUGCCAAACAUCAGUAGGUGCUCCCCGUCUCCUUCGCUUCCUUCUUGAUACAGCAAUGCCUGCCUCUGUUAUAACAACACCUGGAUUCACUGUGAAUGAUUCAAUCAGAGAAGCUUGUGAUCGCAUUGUGAGGCUGUUACUCUUAAGCCUGCAGAAACAAGUCUAUGGAAAGCCUGGGGGGCGGGGGUCAUGUGAUGCUCCACCACGAGCUGUGCCCUUUCUGGAUGCAAUGAGAGUGUAUCUGUCAGAGGUAUGCACAGAGAUGCUGCGCUUGGAAAGAAAGCGCUACCUUUGGCUUCACCAGCUUCUGGGACUUCUCUGUUUAUACAGCAGUCCAUCCUGUGCUCCUGAGGCACUUGGUUUAUUACUUAGUUUAGCUCAGAAUCCAGAGGAGUUGGGACUUGCAGUGCAGCUCAGUGCUGUUCUCUCUCCAUCUAUGCAAGGACUAAGAGAAGCUGCAGUGACCCACUGUGUGGCUCAGGUGCACACAGGAGGCUUGACUGAUAAGCAGACACUUCAGCUCCUGCAGAAUCUUGCGUUGGUUCUGCAAAGUGAAGGGGAGAGUAUAGGUAGGGAGACUGAAAAAACUGUUUCAAAAUAUCUAUCUGAUUUUGGGCAGCUGCUGCUGCACAAAGUUCCUGGGGUCUGUGAGGCAGCAUGUUUUCUGCUGUGCUCUUGUUCUCUUCCCACCUCCCUUCCACCUUCUCAACUUCAUCUCCUUAUUCAGUCUUCCUGUCACCUCCUUUUCCGUUCCAUGCAUUUACAUAGCAGUGCUGGCGUUAGUAGUUCCUCCUGUUUGCUUCUUCAGUUGUCUAGGGUGUCUCCUGCUGGAAGAAAAGCAGUAGUGCACCAGUUAGUGGAAGGUUCCCUGCAUGAGGGAAAUUCUGGGCUCUUUGGAGGCCAUGGGUCUGCAUCACAAGGUCAUAAUAUUGAUGGAGCAGCGGCCUCUUUGUUGGAGAGUAAUAGCCACCUCUGCUCAGCUGUUGACUUUUCUGGCAGUGUUUGGUCUGUGUUCCAUGCUGGUGUGAUUGGAUCAGGACUCAAAGCAGACGAAAGAAGCAGACAAAGCAGACAGCAAGAAAGUGUAGAAAACACCCAGACCCUCCUUGCGCUACUAUGCUGCUGCUGUUGUGCCAGGAAAGGUGAGGAAGGUGAGCAUCCUGCCACUUUAGAUCCAGAGGCAGUCAAGACUUUAGCAGUGACAUUAAGUGAAUGUGUCUGUCCUGAUGUGACAAAUGGUGACCUUGCAUGGCCUCCAGAGGAACAUGCACGUACCACUGUGCAGAGAGACCUGGUUAUCUACAAGUGUUUCCGCCGUAACCCUCUGCUCUUUCAGUUACUCCGCCUUGUUGCACUGGGUCGGCCUGCGCUCUGCUACUGUUCAGUGCUACUAAGGGGGCUCUUGGCAACAUUGCUGUCGCAUUGGGAGGCUUCUCGUGAACCAAGCUCCGAGAGGUCUCCCUGGCACCUACAAGCUUCUUGUGAGCUAAUUUCCUGUAUGGGAGAGGGACAGUUGCUUCCUCCUACACUCACAAAUAUGCAUGAAAUGUUCCCCCUUCUUGCACCAUAUGAGGUACGUCUGUUGCUUCUCAGCGUCUGGGACUUUGUGCAAGAAAAUGGCCCAUUCCCACAGAGAUUUGUUUUCCAAGCAGGAAAAGGUGUAUUUUCCAGAGACUUUACCAGAGAAGGCGACCCUGCUAAAUACAUGGGAAUUGUGUAUAGUGUCUUGCAUCGAAACAUCGAGAGACUGGGACUUCUUUCUGGGCGAUUCCAGUUGUGAAAUUGCAAGAUGGGGACCCAUUUUACAGACUUCAGUCAUAUCAUUUGCAUAUAGGAUUGUUGCCCAUGAUAUCUGCUUUGAAUAAAUGUCAUGCAUACA